CAAUCUUCAGGAUCCGGGGUGGGCAAAUGCCAACGGAUCUGUCCUCUUUUGCCUUGCCGCUUCCCGGCAGCAGUCCGCCCUCCAGCUUCAACAGCCCCGUUGAUGCUCGCAAGAACUGGAGGAAAGAGAGAAGCCAGACUGUGCAAGAUUAUUAAUGGCAUGAAAAUUUCUGCAGCAGCACUUGUUUGGAGCCUCUUGUUUGUGUAACAAGAAAAAUUUGACCUAUCAAAUGUGCUUCUGAGAAACCGACUGCAGCUUCAGACUCUCACUCAGCGUGGUCUCAGAUUGGGAAAAACCCAACAUGAAUACAUCACUUCUCGCCUCAGCUGGAAACAAUUCUAUCCAGAAUGUCUCUGAAGAGACUUCUGGACUUGUACACUUUGUGGAUGAAGACUGUCGCGUGCCAUUGGCAAUGGUAUUUACCUUGGCCUUGGCUUAUGGAGCUGUUAUCCUUCUUGGUGUUUCUGGAAACCUGGCCUUGAUUAUCAUCAUCUUAAAACAAAAGGAGAUGCGCAAUGUGACCAAUAUCCUCAUUGUCAACCUUUCCUUUUCAGACCUCCUAAUCACCAUCAUGUGUCUUCCCUUCACCUUCGUAUACACUUUAAUGGAUCACUGGGUUUUUGGGGAGGCCAUGUGCAAGCUGAAUCCUUUUGUGCAGUGUGUCUCUGUCACAGUUUCAGUUUUCUCUCUGGUCCUCAUUGCUAUUGAACGUCAUCAGUUGAUUAUCAACCCUCGUGGAUGGAGGCCAAACAACAGACAUGCCUAUGUAGGGAUUGUUGCUAUCUGGAUUCUGGCAGUGGCAUCCUCCUUGCCUUUCCUAAUGUAUAAUGUACUAACUGAUGAACCUUUCACAAAUAUAACCAUUGAGGAAUACAAGGGAAAAUACGUGUGCGUGGAUGCAUUUCCGCUGGAGACUAUCAGGCUCUCGUAUACCACAGUUCUCUUGGUGAUACAGUACUUGGGGCCCCUAUGCUUUAUAUUUAUUUGCUACUUCAAGAUAUACAUUCGCUUAAAAAGGAGGAACAACAUGAUGGACAAGAUGAGAGACAAUAAAUACCGAUCCACUGAAACCAAAAGGAUCAACAUCAUGCUUAUCUCCAUUGUGGUUGCGUUUGCUGUCUGCUGGCUGCCUCUGGCCAUCUUUAAUACGAUCUUUGACUGGAAUCAUGAAAUCCUACCUGCUGCACAUUGCAGCCAUAAUUUGUUGUUCUUGAUCUGCCACCUCACGGCUAUGAUCUCGACCUGCGUGAACCCUAUCUUCUAUGGGUUUCUCAACAAGAACUUCCAAAGAGAUUUGCAGGUUUUCUUUCGCUUCUGUGAUUUCCACACUAGGGAUGAUGACUAUGAGACAAUAGCCAUGUCCACAAUGCACACGGACAUUUCAAAGACCUCUUUGAAGCAAGCCAGCCCAAUCACCUUUAAAAAAAUCAGUGACAAUGAUGAUUAAAAAAAAUAUAACCAACUUCCCAAACUCUUGUCUUGGGUGAUGUAGUGCCAUGGACAAGCACAACCUUUUAAGGAAAUUAAUAUAUCUUUCCCCCCACGAAAAUAUAAGGUAUCACUUUAAUUUCUCUGUGGUUGUUUUUUGCUGCCUGUAAAAAAGAAAGAAAGAAAAAACAGAGCAGUUCUAUCUAAUGUAUAAUAUUAAAAAUGUUGGACCUAUUUUUUCCCCUUUUAAGCUUCCAUCAAGUGCUUUUUAAAAUAUCUGUUUCUAGUCUGCAUCAAAAGAAUUCUGCACUAAGUUUUAUUCAUUGUAUUUAUUUCACUGGAAUAUAUAAAGCUAUCUAUGAAAUGUCAUUGGAAAUAUAUAAAUCUAUCUAGACAAAAGACCUACUGAUUUCACUAAAGCCUUUAACAUAAAAUCUCUUCUUGUGCAGAAUUAGGUCAUUCUGAUCAGACCAGCUGUUUUCAUGUUAGAAAAAUCCUAUAUGCCAGAAGCAACAGAUUGUCUAGAAAGCAUCACUCAGAAACAUGCAAAUUAAACUAAAAGAAAUGGCUGUGUACCACAGAGUUCUUUAAAUAGUUCAAAUUUUUUUAAAAAAGAUAAAAUAAAUGAUAAACUUGAGACACAAUCUAGUUACAGUUUGGUUUGUUAAGGCUGAAAUCCUAUUUGCAGGGAAGUAAAUCCUAUUGAAUGUAGGAGAGAGACUUCUGAAUAACAGUAGUUAGAUUCAAAUUGCAUGUUCUGUAGAUCUUGAUAGGAUGGCUACAUGCUUUACACUCUCUUGUUGAACAGCAGGACUUAAUGUAUUUAACCUUGGCUGGAUUUUUAUAUUUCAGUAAUUCUGUUAAUAGACAUAUCUAAAGAUGAAUUUUGGUAGAACUACAGCUUUACUUAACAUGAGUGAGCAUGUCCUAGUGCAUAAGGCUGAAUAUACACAAGGCCAAAACAUGUUUGAUUGCCAAUUAAAACUUAUCAGGUUUCAAUUUUGGAAACCUAUAUUUCAUUGAGUUAAUAUUCAGGUUCAUUCUUAACUGACUAUCAGGUUUUUAAAUAAAUAACGCUCUUGGUGAUACAAUCAAUAUUAAUUAAUUCACUCCUAUAAUUGCCACACAAAGCCAUGGUCUGUGUUCAGAUUUCAUUUGUAAAGGCAGCUUAGGCUAGCAUAUGGCUCCUAGUAUACCUAUUAUGACUUCUGAUUGAUAAGUAACUUGUUUGUUGAAGGUUCUUCAUUAGUCUUCUUCAGACAAAAAUUGUCACUGGUUACAGCCAACUAAUGAGAGUGCAGAGGAAUCAUGUCCAUUAGCUAUGCUCACCAUGUCAAUGAAUCACAGGCUACAUCCCUGGCUGUCCAUAGAUGGUUAGGUUUCAAAACUGGAUAGGGGAACCUUCCCUGCAUUCAGUGCUGACCUUUGCAGAUAAAUGCUACUACUACUAUACUGCUAUAGUACAGGGUUUCUUAACCUUGGGCCCCCAGAUGUGGUUGGAUUAGAACUCCCAGAAUCCCCAGCCACAAAGGCCAUGUCUGGGGAUUCUAGAAGUUGUAGUCCAACAACAUCUGGGAGCCCAAGGUUAAGGAGCCCUGCACUAUAGUACUUAUAUACUGCUUGUCAACCAAAGUUCUCAAAGCGGUUUACAUAGAAAAAUAAAUAAUACAUCAAGAAGAUGGUCCCCUGUCCCCAAAGGGCUCAUAAUCAAAAAAGAAACAUAAGGCAGAUACCAGCAACAGCCACUGGAGGAUACUGUGCUGGGGUUGGAUAGGGCCAGUUGCUCUCCCCCUGCUAAGUAUAAGAGAAUCACCACUUUGAAAGAUGCCUCUUUGCUUAGUUAGCAGGAGUUAGGGUUGAAUGUGUGGGCAUGUUGCCGUGGAGUGUGUAGCUAGUGGGUCAGUUUUGUCUGAAGACGGCUGCUGUACAGCAGUUCAAAGGUUCCACUAUCCACAAAAUCCCUGUUCAGGCAUUAUUGACACCAGGUACAGAGUGUACAGGACAUCGGCAGAGACUAAUAAUGAUAUCUGGAGUAAAGGCAAAUCCAGUGGGCAUGGCUUAGGUGCACACUGGUGCAGGGGCAUGGCUAGCUGGCAUGCUCUUGUUAGCCCUUUGGUUGGCUACACUGGCUGAUAGCCAGACUAAUGAAGUAUCAGUGCACUGGGAGAAGCACCAGUGGUUCUGAAGAGUUCCAGACUAACAAUAUUGGGGGGGGGGGGUGGUGGCUCUCAUGUAGAGGUUGAAACCAGGAUACUGGCUCUCAUCUAGGGGCUGAAUUUCAUUGACCCCCUUUUGGGUGAGUGCUAUCUGAUGGCGCCUACCUGCCCCCCAGCUAUUGAGUCACGGUGUCUGCUCGGCCCAAGUUACUUGGAGAGCAGCACUUGGCCAACUGGACUCCAGCAGAAGAUGCUGUGUGUGCUUCUAUAGUGCUGUGUUUCUGUGUAUGCACUAUAGUGCUAUAGAUAGCACUGUAUCCGGCACACGCAGCAUAAAUAGACCACCCUGACCGCAUACCCCUUUCAAAAACACCCACCUUAGAAGUGCUCUCCUUUCCCCUCACCCCCCCAUCAGAGUUAGGGCUUGCAUUUAAAAAACAAACAAACCCAAAGAUGUCCUGGAGGGUGCAAGGCAGAACCAGGGGCAGAUUGGCAGGAAGAUGGUGGGGUGAUGCUGGUAGUGGUGGGCAACAACGACAAGAGGGGCCUACUCUCCAAGACAUCCCCACUGCUAAUAGGAUCCUAUGGCGGUUUGGGGAAAAGCUUAAAAAUUUGUUUAAAAUUGCCCGCUUGCCCAUUUCUUUUGUGGGUUGGGUGACAGGUUGCAUCCAUGAUGUCCUACCACCCAACCCACUUUGGUGUUCCUAGAAGCUACCCAUUAGGAACAAUAGGGUCUUUCAAGUUUUCCCAUUGUUCCCUAAGGCUGAAACACUCAAAACAUUUCGCGUUUGUUUCCAUGAAACAGCUAGCCCGACUGCCGUUUAAUCGAAACAUUUUAACAACUUUGCAAUUAAUUUCAGGCUCAAAACGAAUCACAAAAUCUGUUUUGUUUACAUCCCUAAUCCUGAUGCUUGUUUGCACUAAAGUUUAUUUUCUCUUUUAUUUUAUUUUUAUUUUAUUUUGUCAUGUGGUGCCAAAAAUGUUUAGUACAAGUAACAUAUCUCAAGAUGCUGAAUGCUUUCAUAUCUCAAGAUGCUGAAAUUUAUAUACCAUGGAUUUGCCAAGAAAUAAAUACCUAAGAGAUGGAAAUACUGUA